CUGCGCAGUAGGAGUCCGCACCGGGGAGCUGCUGAGGGGCGACGGUGUCAUGUAAAAGCGCACAUGCUCUGCCAUCCACGCAGCUCCCCGCCUCUCUCUUCUUCCUCCGCGUGUUUUUCCUGUUUUUUCUAACGUAACACCUUUCCUUCCCCGUCCCCUGCUUCGCCACUAGCCAGCAGCCGCCGCCGCUCCGCGGCCCAGGCGACCCCCGCAGGCGCUCCGCGGUAGCGGGCGGGGCGGAGCGGCCGCCGGGGAGGAGCGGGCCUGGCGGCGGGCAGCCCGCGGAGCCGCGCCUCGCGGAACCGCCUCGGAGGUAUGGUUUUCCCGGCGGAGCAGAGCUUCGGCGGCUGCCGCCUCCGCGGGUACUGAGACGGGAUUUUCGCGGUGCGGUUCUUGGGCUCCCAGCUUCAUGACUGCGGGGAGCCAACACCAUGCGAGCGCAAAUUGAAGUGAUACCAUGCAAAAUUUGUGGUGAUAAGUCCUCUGGAAUACACUAUGGAGUCAUCACAUGUGAAGGCUGCAAGGGAUUCUUUCGGAGGAGUCAGCAGAACAACGCCUCCUACUCCUGCCCAAGGCAGAGAAACUGUUUAAUUGACAGAACCAACAGAAAUCGUUGCCAACAUUGCCGACUGCAGAAAUGUCUUGCCCUGGGAAUGUCUCGAGAUGCUGUGAAGUUUGGAAGAAUGUCCAAAAAGCAGAGGGAUAGCUUGUACGCUGAAGUGCAGAAGCACCAGCAGCGACUGCAGGAACAGCGGCAGCAGCAGAGCGGCGAGGCAGAAGUCCUUGCCAGGGUUUAUAGCAACAGCAUCAGCAACGGCUUGAGCAACCUGAAUAAUGAAACCGGUAGCACCUACUCAAAUGGUCACAUCAUCGACCUGCCGAAGUCUGAGGGUUAUUAUAAUGUGGAUUCUGCCCAGCCUUCCCCAGACCAGUCUGGGUUAGACAUGACUGGAAUCAAACAGAUAAAGCAGGAACCUAUCUAUGACCUUACCUCUGUACCAAACUUGUUUACCUAUAGCUCUUUCAACAAUGGGCAAUUAGCUCCGGGGAUAUCCAUGACUGAAAUAGAUCGAAUUGCACAGAAUAUCAUUAAAUCGCAUUUGGAGACAUGCCAAUAUACGAUGGAGGAACUACACCAGCUAGCAUGGCAGACUCACACAUAUGAAGAAAUUAAAGUUUACCAGAGCAAGACCAGAGAAGCUCUGUGGCAGCAGUGUGCCAUUCAGAUCACCCACGCUAUCCAGUAUGUGGUGGAGUUUGCGAAGCGCAUAACAGGCUUCAUGGAGCUCUGCCAGAAUGACCAAAUUCUCCUCCUUAAGUCAGGCUGCUUGGAAGUGGUUUUAGUGAGAAUGUGCCGUGCCUUCAACCCACUCAACAAUACUGUUCUGUUUGAAGGAAAGUAUGGAGGGAUGCAAAUGUUUAAAGCCUUGGGUUCUGAUGAUCUGGUGAAUGAAGCAUUUGACUUUGCAAAGAAUUUGUGUUCCUUACAGCUGACUGAGGAGGAGAUUGCCUUGUUUUCAUCUGCUGUUCUGAUAUCACCAGAUCGAGCCUGGUUAAUAGAGCCAAGGAAGGUCCAGAAGCUUCAGGAAAAGAUUUACUUUGCACUUCAACAUGUGAUCCAGAAGAACCACCUCGACGAUGAGACUUUGACAAAGUUAAUAGCCAAGAUACCAACCAUUACUGCACUUUGCAACUUGCACGGAGAGAAACUACAGGUAUUUAAGCAAUCUCAUCCAGAUAUAGUGAACACACUAUUUCCUCCAUUAUACAAGGAGCUUUUCAAUCCAGACUCAACCACUGGCUGCAAGUGAAGGGGAUAAUAGAAUUUUCACGUAGUCAUGGAAUGCGUCACUAUUAAGACAAAAUGAAAUGUUUUAAUGAAGAACUUAUUAAAAAUGUCACUACUGCAACACUAGGAAUGUCCUGCACUUAAUAGAAUUAUUUUUCACCGCUACAGUUUGAAGAAUGUAAAUAUGCAACUCUGAGUGGGGAUGUCUUUUUUCUCUUUUUUUUUUUUUUGAACUGACAAUGAAUAUACAAAUAUAGGACACUGGGUGUUACCUUUUUUUAUUUUAUUUUAUUGUGGGAUGUUUUGGGAGACAACUGUUCCUAGAAUUUUAUUGUAGAUAUACAUGAGAAUAGAGCAGUACUUUGCAGUAUUACUCUUGCUGUUUAUUGUUCAAAUAUAAUUUAAGAAAAUUCCACAUAUUAGACUUGCCUAUUUCUGUGUUUUUAGAUAGUUUAAUGCAUGUGGUAAUUUGUAGCUGUCUUGGAAAUUAUGGUGCAUGUAUGGAAUACAUAUAUAUAUAUAUGUGCUAUAUAAUUUUAUAUAUAUAUAUAUAUAUAUAUAUAUGUAGGUAUUAUAUGCAUACAUGCUGUAGCUUAAAAAUCCCAUGCCUACGUUUAAAGAAUGCUCAGCCUGGCUGUCAUGCAUUUCUUACUCUCCAAGUAAGGUAUUAGAUUUACUUUGGCCAAUCAAGAUUUGCUUUGCCAGUCAGAGUUAAAUGAUCAGAUGCCUAUGUGUAAUGACAGGAUCACUUCUGAGAUAUGUGUAAUGUAGUGCAUGUGUGCAGUCUGUAAAUGAAACAUCAGGAAUGUAUCAAUGGUGCAAAAGCCUUGUCUGGAUUAUUUCAGUUGAGGGAGGAAAUGGUUUUUUAGGAAUUUACUCCCUGUUACAGGGAUGGAGCAUAUAUAAAAGUGAACAUUGUAGGACCUGAUAUCAGUAAAGUAUCUGAAACAUUUUUCUGAUUCCACACAUAAUUUUAUUUUAAAUAUACUGCUUUGAAAAGUAGUUGCAAGGCUUGGUUUGUACUCAAUGGAAAGAUACAUAGUGGCUGAACUUAAUGGAAAGACAUAUAGUGAACUCAGAAGAAGCCUAAAAUGUAACUCUGAAGGGUAGCAGCAGAGGGUGGAAGGGAGGGAAGGAGGAAAGUCAAAAUGAGCAAAGUCCAUGGCUACGAAUCACUAUCACUCUUUCUGACAUAGCCAUCAUCUAGAUGGGAUUGAUGAUUUCCAUUACACACAUAUAUAUGCAUAUAUGUAUGUAUAUAUCCAGAUGUAUAUAACUGUAAAUAUAUACAUAUAUGAGGUUGAUUUUAGAUGCACUUCAGAGGGGAGCAAAGGAUCAGGGUUUCUUUUUGUCUGUCUCUGAAUUGACUUUAUGUGCAUUUGCUUGCCGCACCAAAGGCAAACACAGAGAGGAGUGGAAGACUGUCAUGGACUUAAUCUUGUGGAUUAAUUAAUUAGCAGUCAUGAUUAAUGUAUUUGGAUUCUGGCAGAGAUGCAAAAUAUGGAAGGGGGAUUCAGUUUCUGCUACAGCUCUGCCCUUACCAUCACUUUUACCCAUUGGGAGCUUUUCCAGAGAAGUCUCCUCCAGGGAUACCAGUGGAGGGAGUAAAGCAGAAAUAACAGGAGGCGGGCAGUAGAGGAGAAAUGAAGGCAGGAUCACAAGCAGAUACAUUUCUUUAUUUCAAAUCACAUAGAAGUCAGCAACUGGAUGCAAGGAAAGAAGGCGCACGCUGGCAGGGGGGCCAAAGGACCCGCCGUCAGCCAGGCUGCGUGACGGAGCAGUGUCACAGGGAGCCCAAAGGGACAUAGCUGGGCCCCUGAGUUGGUACAGAAACUUUGUUUGUUGCAGUGAUAACUUAAUGCCUCCAGCUUUUCCAGCAGACUUGCACAGCUCUGGGCUCAAUCUUCUGUUCCUUUUUCUGCAUGACCAAAUAAUUCACACGCUAUUCCAAGUACUUUGUUUUCCCUUGCCCUCCAUCAGCCGGUUUGCAAGUUUACGUACAUGUUUUAUGACAGAAUCCAUAACUAGACAACAUCAACAUUUGUUUGCUGUGUUUUAGCAAUGCCAGACCAGAUACACAAGUAGUUACAAAUUCUCAGCUAAUAAAUGUUUCCCUGUACAACCAUUACAACUUCAAAAAGAAAAAAGAAAAAAACAGCUGCACAGCAAAGUUAGUUGUGCUGAGAAUUUUACUUAGUCCUAUAGAACAGGAAUACCUUUUUUACUCCAAAUUCAGAACAGAUUUUCUGAUCUCUACUGAUUACAUUAAAAUGACUUCAAUUAACAUAAUAAAGCAUUGGUCUUGAUGCUUCUUUUUACCACUUAAACCCCAAAACUGGCAUUCCUUUAUAAGGUGAUUUAUCUGUUUGCAGCCCCUUUUACAUGGCAAAUCCAUGAAAAGGACCCCAAAAUCCAAUCCUUUCUAAUAUCAGAAACUUAAUUAACUAUAUUUAUGUAUUGCUUGUGUGAAUUUGUUUGGGAAAAAAUGUAAGUCAAACUGAAACCUGGAAGAGCUCAGUUUUAACUGCAUGUUUUUCUUGUCUUUUCCAACACAAGAACACACCCAUAUAUAUUUGUUUGAAAACCUUUAUAAACUUGUUUUCAGUAUAUCAAAAGUAACUUAUUUAGCCAACCCGCAGAAAUAUAGAAUAUGUGAUAAAUAUUACUGUUCUUAGUGUUGAUAAAUAAAGAGGCUUAUUAUGUUUAUAAAUAGUCCUUCACAAUUACGUGUUACAUCUUGAAAAGGUUCUUUUCAAAUAAGCUAAUCAGUCCUUGGGAUUUUUGACUUAUGUCUUCAUAAAGCUAACCAAAUGGAGAACACCAGUAAAAAGACAUUAUUUAACCAUUAUCUGCAGUGCUUUUAAUCCUUAAAGCACUAUUCUUAAAUCACUGCAACCUCAUGACCUUUUAAUCAGUAAGGAUUACUGCAUUUAUUAAAGAUGCAGAAAUAAAGGAAAAGAAGUUAAAUGACUUGCCAGAGACCACAGACUCCAGUUCUGGAAUAAAAAUGUGGAGGCACAGUAUCCAGUCCUGGAAUAGAAAAAAUUGAUUCUUGCCUUUAGGUCCUAAAAAUAUUAAAAGGCUAGUAUACAAAAUUUUAAUUGCCAUUCAUAGGCAAUAGCCUGUACAAACAAUAACAAAUACUGUCAAAUUAAUUUUUAUGUUCAAAUAAGGUUCAUUAUCAACAGCUUGCUCUAUUUUUGUUUCUACUUUUACAGAAUUUAAGCAAAUAACCUUGUUUAUUUGGAAAACAAAAAUUCAUUCUCAUACAUUAUUUAUUUGUGGUAACUAAGGCUGAGAAAUUUUAUUUAAUUUUCUGUGAUUUGGGAUUGACCACAUAGGUAUAUAGUACCUCUUUUGCCCUUCAUUGACUGAGUUUAGAACAAUAAAUAAUGAUCACACGCUACAGGCUGGAUUUUUAUUGUUGGCUUUGAUACAUAGUCAUUUAUACUCAAAAUUUCAGACUCUUGAUAUUGGAUUUCAUAUCUCCAAGCUAUGUUUACAUUUAUAUUUUAAAUCAAAAAAUAGCAUGAAAUCAAGUAGAUAACUGCAUAACCCACUCACAAAAUGCAUUUUAGAAAAUAUUAAGGGUGCAUUUUGUUUCUUCUUGGCUUUCAUUAGACCACAGUACUAUCUGAGGUCCUUCAAUUAAAUCUCUAAAACUAGGAUUUGUCACAUAUGCUCUCUGUAGUAAUUGGUUAUGCUUGUUGAUUUUCUAGUCACAAGCUUUUCAAAUGGAACAUAUUUUUUAAUGAUUGAUAAACCUCAGACCUUUAACAAAAAGGUAUUUAAAGCAUGUAUUGAAUCUUGAACUUCUAGCAUUGCUCUCAGAUAAUUCAACCACAUUGAUCUAAAUUAUCCCUGGCAUCAAGGAAGCAGAUGUAAGUUGUUCAUUACACUACCACAGAGACAAUUUUGGUGUAAAUGUCACCCUUGCCAGCUCGUUAUAUAAAGAAUUAAUUCCAAGAGUCAUAUUUCCUUCUAAUGGAAAGAUUGCUUCAGUGGUUGCUUUGGAAAAAAACCAGGGUAAUAGAAGGCACCCAGCUGGGCCAACUUGUUUCCAAAAGCAACAUAUAUUUUUUGAUUGGUUUGAGAUAGGCAGCAUUAAGGAAUUGAUAAUGCAGGUUGUCAGGCUCCCUUAGCUCUAACUAAAGCCACUAAAAAUGGAGGCAUCUCAGCAUCACACAGAAGGUGCUCAAGCCCUCAUAAAAUCAGAAGCCCUUAGUGUUAAGAGGUCCCCUUUGAGCUUUGCUAAGCACAAGUCAGAUGUUAUCCUCCUACUUGCUUGUUAAUGUUUUUACUUCACACUUUUUGUUGUUCAUUUCAGCUCCAUUUCACAGGGAUCAGUUUAUUCCUCCUGUUGCGCCUUGGGUGCUGAUGUUAUCUCGAUGCCUGUGCCAGCUUAUGGUGCUCCAGGUGGAGCAGCUACCAGACUUGUCCAUGAAGAUGAGCUUUGUUAUGUCAUUUUUCUUUGUUUUCAUAGUGGCAGCUUGCACAGGUGUAUGUUUCCCUUUGAAAGAGUUUGCAGAGAUUUCUGAUGUAACAACUACACAAAGAGGGUACAAAGCUGCUUUUGUGCACUGGCUUCUCAGCCUCCCACUCCAGGGCUGCUCCAAGGCUACAGCAGUCUCACAGACCAGUCAGACAGCACAUUAGAGAUAUGCAGCUGAUGGCUCCCUUUCCCUGUUGUCUUUUUCAUUCCCUCUAACAUUUCAGGCUCCCCCCAUCCUCCUUCCUCCUGACACUGCAUUGAUUGUGCUGUUUCCAAAUAAGCCAAGGUCCAGCCUGGAAGCUGAUUCCUAUUUUCAAAGUCAUUAUCUGUUGGACAUCACAGGAAUAUAGCACUGGGCAAUAAGCUCAAACUGACAUGUGGAAUAGAUUUUUGUCCAAAUAUGUUAUGUCUAAGCACUUACAAAACGGAAACCUGAGACAGAACAGCUUGCUUUUCCCUGGCAAUAACAAAAUAGUGUAUUCCCACCUACCAACCUGUCCCAGCACUUUCUGCCUCCACUCUAUAGACUAACUCCUAUCUCUGACAUCCAGUAGGAACACGGUGAUGGAGACCCAGUCCUCUUUCCUUUUUAAGUUUCACGCUUUGUAAAUGACAAUCACUGCUUGACGCAGAUAUUGCACUGUAUGUCACUCAGGGAUGUUUCAUUACUAAAAAUAGCUAUAUAAAUAUAACAGUGAUAAUACAGAAAAGAACUUUAGAGGCUUUGAAGGGCACAAGUUUUGCUGCCCAAAUGAAUGCGACCCAGACAAGGCUUUCAAGCCAGUCAUUAGAAGUAACAUUGGUAUAAACUGAAUUCACUGUCAGCAUUUCCUCAGCUUGAUGCAGGACUCACUUAACCCAUUAUUUCACAGUCAGAGGAUUCCUACUGACCCAUCAGUCUGUGAUGUAAAAUCUUUUUGGAAAGAAAAUGCAAGGAAGUUUUGUACGAGUUACUGAAUUUAGACAACUGACAAAAGAAAGUGCAGUUUAAAGGUACUACAUUUAGGUACUGUUAAUGUAAGCUCAUAUUCAGAAUUGCUGCAGGCAUGUAAGAAGAAAGGUUAAGAUGUGGAAUAAAUUAUAGUAUGUCAGCAAUGACAGCAACAAUUAUGCCGAACUACCACAUGGAGAAAUGACUAUAAAGAGCAAGUAGUAUAAAGUGGCUAACAGCUACCCUUUCCCCUCAGGGAUGCACAAAAUCAUAGCUACCCCAGGCCUCUGUAGCAAUGCUUCUCCACAGUGUGACCAAUCCUUUUCUCACCUCAAGCAUUUUAUACUGUGCUAGUGAAAAAUACUCCCAUUUCCUAGAAUUUUGAAAUGUGCUUCUGCUUAUCCCUAGCUUUACACCACAGGUUUCUAUAGACCUGUCAUUACAAGAACACACACAGAAAGACAAAUUGCAGUGGAUUAUAUUGCCAGUCAUGGAGUUAAUACCAGGUUUCCACCUAAGAGGUUUUCGUCAGCUCUGAGUAUGAUCAUUGCUCCUAUUCUCACAGUGAGUAUGUAUGGGUUUUGACUCCUUCCAUCUUCUGAAUUCCCUACACCUAGAAGAUGGGUGGGCAACCUCAAGAGGUGGAAAGGAGAGGCCAAUAUCCCUAUGUGUCAAGGUUUUCAUAACCAUAUUCUUCGUUAACCGUUCCUCUGCAAUUUGGAUUUUAAUCUUUCAGGUUGCUGGGAGCCAUAUCUAAGUGAAUUAAAUUCUUGUUAGCAUGAUACCUGUCCAUUAAAAGGAAUGGUCUUCUGGGCAGAAGACCUUGCCUCUCUUUUCCUUUUACUCCUAGCUCCUAAUGAAUGAGGCCUGGACUGGUAAAUGAUUCAUCUUUGCUCUUUCUCAAGCUGAUUCUUACCUGCAGCCUGUAAUGAAGGGUCUACCCAGGAGGUAGGAAGCAGGCUCCUCUUCCUCCCAACCUCCAUCUCCUCAUUUAGCUAUAUUGUCCUUGAAUAUGUUGUCCCUGCAAGCAAGGCUGGGUGUCAAUGAACCCAGCACCCCAAUAUUUUACAAUCCCAGAAGUGGUUUGCAGCAGGUCAUUUAACUAUAAAAGCCACUUGUGUAUGGAGUCUGAAGACUAAAGCCACUGUGAAGAGACCUAAAAUUUCUACAGUAGUAGCUCACAGUUCAGUAACUGUCCUAAAAAGGCAGCGUGAAUGUCCAGUGACAUGAUGGGUGUGUCAGGGUCCUCCAAACGAUCCUUGCAUGUCAUUUGUGCUUAGAGAAUAAGGCAACACACAAAAUGUUCUAGGAAAGAAGAAGUAUUUCCUGGGUGUUACUGCAGGCAGUGAGGAUAAUAUUGCUCACAGUGAGUUCAGUAACAUGAUGUGCUACAUUUACAUAAUUUCAUCAUCCUCAUAAUUCAAGCACAGCAUGCAGGGAGAGUGAAAGAAAACAUCAUUGGAUAUAGCAGCAAUAAAUAAAUGUUUCUUUGUAACUGUACUUGCAAAAGUUGUUCACUUUGCACGUGGUCUUCUGUACAAUAACAUAAAGAACUUAAUCUAAUGUAGAUAUCACAGUGUUUUUGCAUAUUUGUUGGAUUUGUUGGCUGGAGCUGCUAAUUUGUGAUUGAAGAUACUGCUGUUGAGGAAAAUGUAUGUGCUUCAAAAAAAGGCUGAGGCCCUUAUUUAUGGCUAUACAUUGGCAGCAGUAAAGUAUGUUCAAUAUAAAACUCUGUCUGGACAGAAUUUUUAAAAUGUCUCUUAGUUGUCAACAUUAUGGUCAUGUUGGUCCCUUAUUUGGGCAACAAGAAUGCAACUGUACUGAAAAACAAGCAGGGCCAGAUGGUCAACCACAAAGAACAGGAAAGAACAGGCUUUACCUUGAAGACUGUUCCAGAUAAAACCAGCUUAUUAAAAAAAAUAAAUAUAUAUAUAUUAAAAAAAGCACUUAUACUUGUCUUGAUUAGACACACAGCUUAAUAAGUCAAAGUAACUACAUUAGGCUGUUGACUUUGGGGAUUCAGAUUCAGAUGCACUACAUUUGUGUUUUUUUAAUGUGUCACUUCAAUGUCAGAAUCAGGCAAAAAAGGUGUUUUGUUGUUAGUAAGAAAUGCUAAUAGUCAUUUAACCCUAGGGAGUGUGGACCACACAUUCUCAUGCAGUAGAUGGGGAUUUAUUAAUGCACUUACUCUUAAAAAGCCACUGAGUAGCAUAGCAAGUGAACUAGCCGUGAUAGUCUUUGCCUUUUGUGUGACUGCAAUGUGACCUCUAGUAGGCUACAGGGAGCGGCUCUGUGAUUGUACUUGUGGCCACAAAUAAAGCACAACUGAACUCUAAGCUGUUAUCAACACCCAGCUAAAUCAAAUGCAUGGGGUAUUUUGAGAUUUAUGCUAAUCGCUGUGAGAUAAUUCCCAUGUUAAACUAAUUACUCUGGUUGUAAUGAAUGGAUGGUAUAAAUAAAAUAGGAAACAGAAGAACAACAAAACCCCUUAUUUUACAGCUGCACUCUCUGCCUCAUCUGAUUAACACUAAAGUUACUUAAAAACUAAACAAACAAAACAAGAACAAAGAAACCUGAGUAUGUAUUGUAGAAAUGUAGAAGAUAAAUAAAAUAUUUUUUCAAAUGUAAUUACUUUUAAUAUAUGCUUGUGGAAGGUCUGAUACUAUGUAUGCUGUCUCUGUAAUUUUUGCUGUAAAUAACUUGGGACAGUGACUACACUGAUUUUUUCUAUGUCUCUGUUUAAGCAUAAGACUUUGUAACAAUUUUUUUUAAAGAGGAAAAACAUCAAAGAGUAAAUUAUGUACUUGCUUCCUGUGAGUGUAACGUACUCUUCAGUUUUUAUGGAAACUGAUUGUAAUAGAUAAAGCCUUUGACCAGCCGUUGAUGUUUAGUGUAUACUUCUGUUUGUAAUGAGGAAAAAAAAGAUGGGACUGUCAAUGAAACAUGAUCCCAGUGAGUCUGUACAGUAAGUAUUGUAUUAAUACCUGCAGACUGCACUUGACUAAUGUAAUUUCAAGAAAGGUUGCUCAAGCAAAUAGUGUUUCCUUACAGCAUAUGGCUUUUAUGAAUCCUUCUAACAUGAAUUAUAUUAAUAGAAAUGAUUUCUUUCUUUCCAAUGAGCAAAAUAUUUUUGUAUGCCUUUAAUUUCUUAUUAAAAUUUGAGGUCAGGUCACUCAUUAGAUAUAAUCCGAAGCCAUAACUGACCUUCACCAAAUACAUGUUUUAAAGCUCAUAACAGAAGAAGAAAUUAUGUCCAGUUUAUCAACAGCUAUAAUAACACAGGCAGGAGCAUAAAUAACACGCGAAGUAUUUGUAUGCUUUUCUGGCAUCCUAAUACAAAUUUAAUGGCUAGUAUUUUAUGAUUACCAAUUUAUAAAAAAAGAAAAACGUAACUAAAAUAGAUAUUUAGAUUUAAACGAAACUUUCUAAUAUUUUUGAAAUAUCCCUGAAAAUGCUUCCUUGCUUUUAGGAUUAUGAGAGAAACUGAUUUUUCAUAUACUUCCCACUUUCAAAUAUCUAAUGUUUUUACCCUAUUUCCAGUUCAUUUUGUUAGAGUGAAAUGAGAUGUUAGGACCCAGAUCUCCAAGCCCUGAGCUAUUUUGUGCUUGGCUGUAGCUAUAUUGUUGUAAAUCAAUUUGAUUUGAAUUUUGGGGGUGUGUUGCUUGCUACUUGAUAAGCAUGCUUACCACUGUUGCUAACACACAAGUGUUGCAUUGCCUGUCAAGAAGUGUGAUAAAAAACAAUGAAAUAAAAUAUGAAUAACACUCAAAAUGAAUCACUCUCAAAAGCUGAAUAAAAUUUCCUUUCUAAAAUCAAAUGCCUCAUAGAGUCAACAGUGAUUUUCUUUUAUUUUUAAGCUUAAUUGUAUAAUAAGUAUGAUGUAUCUUAACUGGCUUGUAGAUGCAAAAAGCAAAACUGCAAAUGAACCAUGAUAUACUGGGUAAAAAUCUGUCUCCAUUGAAACCAGUGGCAAAACGCCUGACUCAUUUCCAUGGAGCCAGGAGUUCAUCCAGCAUUUUUACAUCUGCAAUUUUGUUCUGAUCUUUCUCCCUUGUUUAAUAUAACUGACCUAAUUUAUGUGUACGUGAGUAAAAAUACAGCCUGAUUCAUUUAGAAAGUGACUGUUGAGGGUUUUAUUUUUUAUCAUUAAUUUCAUAGGACCAGCAUCCCUGUCAAAUGAAAAGGUUCUAUAUUACUUUAGAAUGUAAUAGGUUUUUGUCUUAGUCUAUGUCCUGUAAAUUAUUAGUUUAAUACUGUUAGCAUUCCAUAAUAAAACACACAUGAUUUUUGAAUGUUUUCUGUAAAUGACAAUCAAUGUUGAUGAAGUUCCUUUCUUUAAUGCAAAAAUUAAAAAAAAAAAAAAACCUGUAUAAGAAAAUAAAUUCUGUUGUGUGACUUUUUUUCCCAGUCAGCUUGAUUUACCUGGA